AAGUAACAUGGAUGUUUUGCAGUUGGACGAUGAGAGAGAAAGCUCAAGUCGGGAUCAAAAUGACAAUUUAAAUUGAGAAUAUACAAAGGGCAAAGAGCAAUGGAGACUGGUCAUAUGAGCAGUGAACUGGAACAUCAGUUGCGGUCUGUAUCCAGUGUGGACGAACUCAUGACGAUAUUUUACCCAGAGCACUGGAAAAUGUUGAAAUGUCAGUUGAUGAAAGGCCGACCACUCUACAGAGAAACUGGCUUCGGAACAGUCACGGAGGAACCCGUGACAUUUGCAGCAACAUAUUAUAACCCUGAGAUUCUAAAAAGUAUUGAUACUGAGUGGAAAAGGACUCAGUGCAUGCCCAGGGAGGUGUCCUUGGAUGUGGGGAAAGAAUUUGGGUCAGCAACAAACAUCAUCUUUAAACCGUCCUGCGUGUCUGUCUACAGAUGUGGCGGUUGCUGCAACAGCGAGGGAAUAACAUGCAUGAACACCAGCACUUCUUAUGUCAGCAAGACACUGUUUGAGAUUACAGUGCCGAUUUCCCAGGGACCAAAACCCAUAACUAUCAGUGUUGCAAACCACACAGGCUGCAGAUGUAUGUCAAAACUCGAUUUCUUCAGACAGGUUCACUCCAUCAUCAGACGUUCCAUAUCUACAUCCCAAUCAGACUGUCUGAUGCCAAACAAAACUUGUCCCAAGAAUCACAUCUGGAAUAGUUUUUUAUGCAGAUGCGUGAGGCAACAAGAUUUCAGCAGCUUUCUGCUCCCCAAAAGUGACUCAGGUGGUGACAGCAGCUACUACAGUGUCUGUGGGCCUAAUAAAGAACUGGAUGAGGAGACCUGUCAGUGCGUCUGUAAAGGAGGGCAACACCAUUCCAGCUGUGGACGUCACAAGAUGCUGGAUAAGGAUUCAUGCCAGUGUGUGUGCAGAAAUGGACUAUAUCCUGCCCUGUGUGGUCCCCACAAGCAGUUUGACAUGGAUUCCUGCGAGUGUGUUUGCAAAAAGAGUUGUCCAAGAAAUCAGCCUUUAAACCCAGUAAAAUGUGCCUGCGAAUGUACAGAGUCUCCAAAUAAAUGCUUUCUGAAAGGGACGAGGUUUCACCCUCACACUUGCAGGUCAGUGUUGUUUCUGUUUACUGUCACUGUUCCAGACUGA